CUCGGGUGCGCGCAUUUAACAUGAUUGAUCCGCUAAUAGGACAGAAGAGCAGACGCACAACUUCAGCUUUAAGUCUACCCACGGUUCCUCUUUCCUCCUUUCUUUCCACUUCAACUCAAACGAGCUUGAUGUGAGCCGAGGGGGGAAAAACUCCAAAAAUCACCUCCUUUCCCUUCUGUCACCCUCACAGAGCACCUCUCACCUUUACUUUCGGAUUGUGGCUUUAACUCACGGCUUCACUGGGCACAAAACGACACGAGAUUCUCUUCUGCAACUUUAACGCACACCAGGGACAAAAUCACCGACAGGGAAACUUGAUUUUUCUUUAUUUUUUUUUUUCUGGCACAAAGAAGCGUUAAAGUUACACAAUGAGUCUGAAGUCAGAUUCAGAGACGAACACCAGUGUUUCAUUAGAGGAGGAGGUACGAACACUCUUUGUCAGCGGGCUGCCUGUUGACAUCAAGCCUCGCGAGCUUUACCUGCUGUUCAGACCCUUCAAGGGAUAUGAAGGAUCUCUCAUAAAACUGACCUCGAAACAGCCUGUGGGGUUUGUCACGUUUGACAGUCGGUCUGGUGCUGAAGCGGCCAAGAAUGCGUUAAAUGGCAUCCGCUUUGACCCAGAGAGUCCUCAAACGCUGCGUCUGGAGUUUGCUAAAGCCAACACGAAGAUGGCGAAGAGUAAACUGAUGGCCACGCCGAACCCUUCCAACCUGCACCCUGCUCUCGGUGCGCACUUCAUCGCUCGAGACCCAUAUGAUCUGACGGGGGCAGCACUGAUCCCUGCGUCUCCUGAAGCGUGGGCUCCGUAUCCGCUCUACACCACUGAACUGACCCCAGGCCUGCCUCACGCCGCCUUCACCUAUCCCGCUGCUGCUGCUGCCGCCGCUGCUCUGCACGCCCAGGUGAGGGACCCGCCGAUGCGCUGGUAUCCGUCUCCCUCUGAAAGUUCUCAGCCGGGAUGGAAAUCACGUCAGUUCUGUUAAAUAAUCAAUGCCGACCAGCACCAGAUGUUUGGUUCUCCUUUUCUCCCUCCUGUUUGAACGAAGAACAACUGGGCUCAGCGUUUGAUUUAAUCAGGUUUAUUUAACGGACAAUCAAAAGCAUGAAGGAUUAUUUUUCUUGAAAGAAGCGGUAGAGAUGCUGAGGACUCGCGGUACUGUUUCAAAAACGCGUCUCGCUGCUCUUGUAGAUGUACGUUUUCAUCGUUCUGCAUGCGUAAAGGCAUGAGUUUUAAAAUGCAAACUACUUGUCUGUUUAUUCGCAAGUCCCAGUUUUCUUUCCAGCUUCUCGUUUCUAUCAUUUGUGAAAGGUGGAGACAUGAAUUUAGUUGUUUUUUAAUCUGACGACAUAUGCACUGGGUAUUUGUUUUUGUUUGUGAUCCUGAUGCAAGUUUUUCGUCCUUUUUCAUGCGUCUUGCCCUGAAUUCACCGAACUUCCGCUAUCUGUGUCUGCUUUGAGAAUAUUUGAACAAAAAAAAGAAGAGAAAUGUACAAGUGUUUCUGUACAUUGUGUAAUAAUGAGUAUUUAUGCAUUUAUUUUUGUUUCGUGCAAUUAAAUAAGUAUAUAUGUAUGAGCAGUUUAGUGUUGCCUUGUUGUUAUUUUGUGGUUGUUAAUGGUAACACUUUACAAUAACAGUACAUCAAUAAUAAUGUAUUAAUGUGUACUCUAAACAUUAUUGAUGAGUUAAGGUAUGCAAUAAUCAUGAAAUAACUUUAACUACAAGAGUUCAUGUGUGAAUAACUGCUACACUGUUUAAAAAACAAAACAAAAAAAAAUGUAAUUUUACGGAAAAAAACUAUAAAAUAACGGCAAUUAAAUUACAGAAAUAUAUCAAAAAAUAACGUAUAUUAAAUGACAGAAAUUUCCUUAAACUUAAUUUCUGGAAAGUUUCAGUAAAUUAAUAUCCGUUAUUUUACGGUAAAUUUCUGUAAUUUAAUCUUAUUUUAUAGUAAAUUUCUGUAAUUUAAUAUCUUUUACAGUAAAUUUCUGUAAUUUAAUAUCUUAUUUCACAGUAAAUUUCUGUAAUUUAAUAUUUGUUGUUUUACUGUAAAUUUCUGUAAUUUAAUCUCUUAUUUUACGGUAAAUUACUGUAAUUUAAUCUGUUUUUACGGUAAAUUUUUGUAACUCAAUACCUGUUUUACACAAUUUUCUGUAAUUUAAUCUAUUUUAUGGUAAAUUUCUGUAAUUUUAAUAUCUAUUUGAUGUUAAAUUUCUAACGUAACCCCCAGCUGCUGGAAAUAAACCAUUAAAUUACAGAUUUUAUUUAUUUUUUUACAGUGUACUUUAGUAGUUAAAACAUGUUAACUAUUAAUUAACAUUUAAGUUUAAACUAAAUGUAACCAGCAUGAACUCAUGAGCUGUUAUUGGAUGAUUUGUCAUGACUUUACUUGGAGGGGCACAUCACCAUUAACAUCCUUAACUACUCUUUAAACAGGCGUUCAUCUGUUUGUGUUGAUGUUGACAGAACACUUUUCUAUUGUGUAGCGUGAACGCGCACUAAACAAACAUCCAGAAGUCGUUCAUGAGUAGUUAAGAAUGGGUUAAUGAUGAUGUGCCCCUCCAAGUCAUGAUUUAAUUCUACAUUAACCAUCAUGAACUGAGCUGUUAGUGGUUUGUCAUGACUUUACUUGGAGGGUCACAUCAGUUACCUUAUCAUUAACUACUCAACUCCUGUGUUUAAUUGGUUCAUGUUGAAAUUUUCUGUUGUUUUUCAGUGUAAAAAUGCACUUAAUGAACAUGCAGAAGUAAUUGUAGUUAAGUGGGUUAAUGAUGUGCCCCUCCAAGUAAAGUCAUAAUAUAAUUACACAUUAACCGUCAUGAACUAAAGAGCUGUCAAUGUGAUUUUUCAGGACUUUAUCAUUAACUCCAACCCUCGUGUUUAAACUGUCCCACUGUUCUAUUGUUAUUCAGUGUAAAUUCACUAAACGAACAUGCCAUAGUCAUUAGUAGUUAAGGAUGGGUUCAUGAUGAUGUGCCCCUCCAAGUAAAGUCAUGAUAUAAUUUAACCAUCAUGAACUCAUGAGCUGUUAAUGCAUGAUUCGUCAUGACUUUACUUGAGGGGCCCAUCAUCCUUAACUCAUCAUUAACUACUUACGAACUCCUGUGUUCAAACAGUGUUUUCUAUUGUUGUUCAGUGUAAAUGCGCUAAAUAAACAUGCAUAAGUCGUUCAUGAGUAGUUAAGAAUGGGUUAAUUAUGAUGUGCCCCUUCAAGUCAUGAUAUAAUUAGACAUUAACCAUCAUGAACUAAUGAGCUGUAUGAUUUGUUGUGACUUUACUUGGAGGGAGCACACCACCAUUACUACUCAUCAGCUCCUGUGUUUAAACUGUUAAUGUUGACCACUUUUCUAUUGUUAUUCAAUGUAAACGCACUAACGAACACGCACGUCAUACAUGAGUAGUUAAGAAUUUUUAAUGAUUGUGUGCCCCUUCAAGUAAAGUCAUGAUAUAAUUGCAGUAACUGCUCAUGGGUUCGUGAUGAUUAAUUAUGUGCCCCUUCAAGUAAAGUCAUGAUAUAAUUACAGUAACUGCUCAUGGGUUCGUGAUGAUUAAUUGUGUGCCCCUUCAAGUAAAGUCAUGAUAUAAUUACAGUAACUGCUCGUGGGUUUGUGAUGAUUAAUUAUGUGCCCCUUCAAGUAAAGUCAUGAUAUAAUUACAGUAACUGCUCGUGGGUUCAUGAUGAUUAAUUAUGUGCCCCUUCAAGUAAAGUCAUGAUAUAAUUACAGUAACUGCUCGUGGGUUCGUGAUGAUUAAUUGUGUGCCCCUUCAAGUAAAGUCAUGAUAUAAUUACAGUAACUGCUCAUGGGUUCGUGAUGAUUAAUUGUGUGCCCCUUCAAGUAAAGUCAUGAUAUAAUUAGACAGUAACUGCUCAUGAGUUCAUGAUGGUUAAGGAAUGGGUUAAUGAUGUGCCCCUUCAAGUGAAGUCAUGAUAUAAUUAUAAAGUAACUGCUCAUGAGUUAAUGACCGUUAAAUUAAGCAUAAACUAAUGUGCUAAUUAAUACAGCAAUUAAUAAACAAUCAUGUAUAAGUAAUUAAGGUCGCCGCUAUUCACACAUGACCUCGUGACUCAUGUUGUAAAAGUUAGUUCAUGAUCAUCACCUGUAUUAACUCAUCCAUAAUGUAUAAUUUACGUAUUAAUCCAUCAUUAUUCAUGUACUGUAAUUGUAAAGUGUUACCUUUGUUAAUUCAGUCUAUAAUCUGUUUGAAGUAAAAGUGCAAUUCUUGAUUUCUUUUUUUUUUUUUGCUCUGUGUUACUGAAGUUUCCUAAUUGUGGCAGUACUGCGACUUUAAAUGGACUGCUAACAUGAGAUUGCUGUAUUAUAUUAAAGUCAUUUUUUUUCAGAAUGUGAAACUGGAGAAUAAAAGGAAAUCUGAGGAAA